UGUGAGGGCAGUUUCAUUUUCAUCAUGGCUUCGGAACCAUGGCUCCACAUUAGUUUUCUGCUCUUGUUUUGUUUUUCACUUGUGUUUUCUUUGCCCACGGGUCGAAACUCCAUCUGCGGUUAUAAGUCAUGUCCAGCCACAAAGCCAUCCAUGCUGAACGUCCAUCUGGUUCCACACACACAUGAUGAUGUCGGCUGGCUCAAGACUGUGGAUCAGUACUUUUAUGGAGACCGAAAUAACAUCCAGCAUGCAGGUGUUCAGUAUAUUCUGGACUCAGUGAUAGAUCAGCUACAGAAGGAUCCAGCCCGACGCUUUAUCUAUGUUGAGACUGCCUUCUUUUAUCGCUGGUGGAGACAGCAGAACCAGAGCACACGCCGCAUUGUAACCCAGCUGGUCAAUGAGGGUCGUCUUGAGUUCAUAAAUGGUGGCUGGUGCAUGAGCGAUGAGGCGACCACACACUACAGCGCUGUCAUUGAUCAGAUGACUCUGGGGCUGCGAUUCCUCAAUGACACUUUUGGAGAGUGUGGACGUCCCCGGGUGGCCUGGCACAUUGACCCUUUCGGACACGCCAGAGAACACGCCUCCAUCUUUGCUCAGAUGGGCUAUGACGGCUUCUUCUUUGGUCGCUUGGACUACCAGGACAAGGACCACAGGAUGAAGACCAAAGAGAUGGAAAUGCUCUGGAGGGCCAGUGAAAGCCUGACUCCACCUAUUGCUGAUCUCUUCACAGGGGUUCUCCCCAAUGGCUAUAACCCUCCUGAGGGCUUCUGCUGGGACCAGUCGUGUAAUGAUGCCCCCAUUAGAGACGACCCAGACCUGGAGGACUACAAUGUGGAUGAGAUUGUGCAAAAGUUUUUGAAUGCUUCCCAUAAGCAGGCUGACUUUUAUAAGACAAACCACAUCAUCAUGACCAUGGGCUCAGACUUCCAGUAUGAAAAUGCCAAUCUGUGGUAUAAAAAUAUGGAUAAACUGAUCAAGUAUGUAAACGCACUUCAAGCCAAAGGGAGCAAGGUGAACGUGCUUUAUUCAACACCGUCCUGCUACCUGCAGGAACUCAACCUGGCCAACUUCACCUGGCCUAUGAAGACGGAUGAUUUUUUCCCAUAUGCUGAUGAUGCUCAUGAUUUCUGGACUGGUUACUUUACCAGUCGACCAGCACUGAAGUUAUACGAGAGACUUAGCAACAGCCGACUACAGACAUGCAACCAGCUGGAGGUGCUUGGGGGGCCCAAAUCUACAUCAGGACCUUUUGGUGAAGGGGACAGUGAUACCAUGAGGCGGGCGAUGGGUGUUGCCCAACAUCAUGAUGCCGUGUCUGGGACAGAGAAACAGCAUGUGGCAAACGACUACGCUAGGAGACUCGCUACAGGCUGGGCACAUUGUGAGGUACUGGUGAGUAAUUCUCUGGCCGUUCUCAGUGGUUCUGAAGCUCCACGCAUGUUUUGUGAACACCUCAACAUCAGUGUGUGUCCCCUCACAGAAAGCAGCCAUAAGUUCUCUAUGAAUGUGUACAAUCCUCUGGGCCGGACUGUAAGGUGGCCGGUUCGUUUGCCCGUAAAUGGUUCAGUGUACAAUGUUACUGAUGCCAAUGGGAAAGCAGUGGACAGUGAGGUCAUUCCACUGUCUAAGUCUGCACAGGAAGUGAGGCAGAGCAGAGGUUUUGCUAAAAGUGAGCUGGUGUUCCAGGUUGAAGCCCCUCCUCUUGGUUACAGUACGUACAUCGUCUCCAUGGUUCAGGAUCAGCCUCCAGUAUCCAGAUCUAAAAAUGCAGUCCCGUCCUCUAUUCAAAACAAGUUCUUGAAGGUGACGUUUGACAGCACCACUGGUCUUCUGAGCAGCCUGACAAACCUGGAGACGCAGCAAACCAUUCGACUCGCACAAAACUUCUAUUGGUACAAUGCAAGUGCUGGCAAUAACAAGGAGAGCCAUCAGCCGUCCGGCGCUUACAUCUUCAGACCAAACUCUUCAGACCCCUUCAUCAUCAGCAAGACUGCAGAAAUCCAGGCGGUCUCACUGUACAACAGUGUUCAGGAGGUGACGCAGCGGUUCAGCCCGUGGGUCUCUCAGGUGGUGCGUUUGUAUGAGGACCGCAGGGAACUGGAGCUAGAGUGGACUGUAGGACCCGUGCCUGUUGAAGAUGGUUUAGGGAAAGAAGUGAUCACACGUUUGGACACAGACAUCGAGUCUUCUGGCUAUUUCUACACUGAUUCCAAUGGCAGAGAAGUUCUGGAGCGACGGAAAGAUUAUCGGCCCACAUGGGAUUUGAAGCAGACCGAGCCAAUUGCUGGAAACUACUAUCCAAUCAACUCUCGUGCUUACAUUAAGGAUGACAAACGUCAGCUGACAGUGGUGACUGACCGUUCUCAAGGGGCCAGCAGCAUAUAUAACGGCUCACUGGAAAUCAUGCUGCACAGGAGACUUCUGUAUGAUGAUUUUCGUGGCGUUGGAGAGCCUCUGUCUGAGCCGGGAGAGUUUGCUCAUGGUUUAGUGGCUCGUGGUCGUCUGCUGCUGACCCUCAGUCCUCCAGAAGCAGCCGCUGACCUCCACAGACCCCUCGCACAGUCCAUGGUGUUCCAACCCCUGCUCUCCUUCCAGGACGGUGCUCCUUCUCCCGGCACUAAACUGGAGUUCUCUGGGCUUCAGGCUGCUCUGCCCCCUGCUGUUCAUCUGCUGACAGUGUCACAGUGGGAUAAAGAUUCAGUUCUGAUCAGGCUGGAGCAUCAGUACCAGGCCAAAGAGAGCAAAACACACUCGCAGCCUGUUACUGUCAACCUACAGAAGCUGUUUUCUACUCUGGAAGUGCUGGGAGCGUCUGAGAUGAGUUUAGGAGCAAACCAGUGGAAAGAGGACAUGAUCCGCCUGCAAUGGAACACUGAAAAAUCCCUUCCUCUCACUGCCAGAGAGCCUUCAUCAUGGGAAGUGACACUAAAGCCAAUGGAGAUCCGCACCUUCUUGUUACGGGUUGAACAGCUGUAAGAACCAAUCAGAAUGGAGCAUUGCAGUAUCCAAACCUAUGGCACUGAUUUGCAAAUAGCUGAACUACAUGCAUCGAUUUGUUAAUUUUUUUUUCAUAAUCCAAUGAACAGAUUAAGUGGACAAAUCCAUCACGCAAUUUUUAUUUCAAAUUUGGAAGGAUAUAUUUCACACAUCCCUGUGCCAUGUUCAUAAGAUCUUCACCACUGAUCUCCUGAGAUUGAUUUGUGCAAUAUUUUUCUACUGUGCCUUUCGUAUGAAUGAAAUGACACUUAAAGAUUGAGCUGUGGAAUAAAUAA